GUUUUUAUUUAUCGCCUUUUUUGGAAAAGCAAAGACCGGCCACGGAGGAUCCGCAUGGAGGAUAUCAAGAAGGCUUUCCCCUCCCACUCCGAGAGCAGCAUCCGCAAGCGGCUGAAGCUCUGCGCUGAUUUUAAAAGGACGGGAAUGGACUCCAAUUGGUGGGUGUUGAAGCCGGAUUUCCGUUUACCAACCGAAGAGGAAAUUCGGGCGAUGGUGUCCCCGGAGCAGUGCUGCGCGUACUACAGUAUGAUCUCCGCCGAGCAGAGACUGAAGGACGCCGGCUAUGGAGAGAAAUCCUUUUUUGCCCCAGAGGAAGAAAAUGAAGAAGAUUUCCAGAUGAAGAUUGAUGACGAGGUGAGGACGGCUCCGUGGAACACUACGAGAGCUUUCAUCGCUGCAAUGAAAGGGAAAUGUUUGCUGGAGGUGACGGGCGUUGCCGACCCCACGGGGUGCGGAGAAGGUUUCUCUUACGUCAAGAUUCCCAACAAGCCGACUCAGCAGAAGCAAGAUGAUAAGGAGCCGCAGCCGGUGAAGAAAACUGUAACCGGAACGGAUGCCGAUCUGCGCAGACUCUCCCUGAAGAAUGCCAAACAGCUGCUGAGAAAGUUUGGGGUCCCGGAGGAGGAGAUCAAGAAGUUAUCUCGAUGGGAGGUCAUUGAUGUGGUGAGAACGAUGUCCACAGAACAGGCGCGCUCCGGGGAGGGGCCCAUGAGUAAAUUUGCCCGGGGGUCCCGGUUCUCGGUGGCUGAGCACCAGGAGAGAUACAAGGAGGAAUGUCAGCGAAUAUUCGAUCUGCAGAACAAGGUGUUGGAGUCCGCGGAGGUCCUGUCCACAGACACAGACAGCAGCUCAGCAGAGGACAGCGACUACGAGGAGAUGGGGAAGAACAUCGAGAACAUGCUGCAGAACAAGAAGACCAGUUCCCAGCUGUCCCGAGAGCGCGAGGAGCAGGAGAGGAAGGAGCUGCAGAGGAUGCUGAUGGGGGAGGACAGCGGGCAUGACAAGGAGAGGCACCGCAACAAGAAGGACAGGAAGGGACUGUGUUCCGCUGCUUCCGGAGGCUCCCACAGAGACGACGACACGGCUUCGGUGACCAGUCUAAAUUCCGCAGCCAGUGGUCGCUGUCUGAAGAUCUACCGCACGUUCCGGGAUGAAGACGGCAAAGAAUACGUGCGGUGCGAGACGGUGCGCAAACCUGCCGUCAUCGACGCCUACAGCCGGAUCCGCUCCACCAAAGACGACGAGUUCAUCCGGAAGUUUGCGCUUUUCGAUGAACAGCAUCGUGAGGAGAUGAGGAAGGAGCGGCGGAGGAUCCAGGAACAGCUCCGCAGGCUGAAGCGCAAUCAGGAGAAGGAGAAGCUCCGCGGACCCCUUGUGGGGCGCAGAUCUGCUCGGCUUCUGAUUACGUUUUCUUUCCUCUCUCUGAAGCUGAAAUGUGGAGCUUGCGGAGCGAUCGGCCACAUGAGAACCAACAAGUUCUGCCCCCUCUACUAUCAGACGAACGCCCCUCCAUCCAAUCCUGUGGCCAUGACGGAGGAGCAGGAGGAGGAGCUGGAGAAAACCGUCAUUCACAACGACAACGAGGAGCUGAUUAAAGUGGAAGGAACCAAAAUAGUUUUGGGCAAACAGCUGAUUGAAAGUGCUGACGAGGUCCGGAGGAAGUCUCUGGUCCUGAAGUUCCCUAAGCAGCAGCUUCCUCAGAAGAAGAAGAGACGCGUGGGCAGCACCGUGCACUGCGACUACCUCAAUCGCCCCCAUAAAUCCAUCCAUCGGAGGCGGACCGAUCCCAUGGUCACCCUGUCCUCGGUGCUGGAGUCCAUUAUUAAUGACAUGAGAGAUAUGCCCAAUACGUACCCCUUCCACAGCCCGGUGAACGGCAAGGUGGUGAAGGAUUACUACAAGAUUGUGACCAACCCGAUGGACCUGCAGACGUUGCGGGAGAACGUGCGGAAGCGAAUGUAUCCGUCCCGGGAGGAGUUCCGUGAGCAGGUGGACCUGAUUGUGAAGAACAGUUCCUGGCCCUUCCACCUUCCCGUCAACAAGAAAUUUGUCCCCGACUAUUACAAAGUGAUCGUCUGCCCCAUGGACCUGGAGACCAUCCGCCAGAAUAUUUCGAAGCACAAAUAUCAGAGUCGGGAACGUUUCCUCUCCGACGUCAAUCUGAUCUGUACCAACAGCGUCAAGUAUAAUGUUGACGUGUCCGAUGCUGGAACUUGUAUCACGGAUCUCUCUCUCCGUCCUCUGGACUAUUAUGAUACGUCGCUGAGCAUGUCCCGCGAGGCUUCCAUGUACCAGGAUGAGAGUAACAUGUCCGCCACGGAAGCAGCCACGGCCUCCCUGGGGAGGAGGAGCUUGAUGAGGUUGGGAAGAGGACGUCUCGGGGAGGACGACUCGGAUGUGGAUAUUGAAGGGUAUGAAGAAGAGGAUGAUGGGAAGCCGAAGACCCCGGCCCCGGAAGUGGAGGAUGGGGAUCUGGGCGAGGAGGAGGAGGAGAGCGCCGUGCAGCAGCCGCAGGCCAGCGUCCUCUAUGAAGACUUAUUAAUGUCAGACGGUGAGGAUGACGAUGACGGAAGUGACGAGGAAGGAGACAACCCCUUCUCAU